AUGGCGACUUCGAAAGCCUUGGGCGACCAACUGCUCACCAUCUCCUCACUCGCAGAGACCAUGACAGACCAGACAACGAAAGACCGGAUGAUCGAGUCCUGUAUGGAGUCUGCCAAGAAGCAGAUUUCGGGUCUCCGGCUCACGGAUUCAGCAGAAGUCCAGACACUGUUCGCUACGGUGCAGUCCUUGAACUUCAGCGAGAGUCAGAAGGACGAGCUGAUGCGGCAGAUCGGUGAUCGUUUCGUGGCAUGCAGCACACCCAAAUCACAGGGCAGCAAGAAGUCCAUGCAGACCAUGGACGACCCGGGAAGUUUCCUCCGGGCCUCGGAUGUGACCUUCAUCUCGAACCCAGACCACACCAUUAAGGCCAAGGCAAGUCGGAUGGCCAUGAUGUUUUGCAGCAUCAACUGCAGCUGCCCGACGGAGCCUACUUCGGGCCGAGCUGUGGGAGUGCUCAAGAACGACUUUGGCCUCAAGGAACUCGAGGACCCUCAAGUGUUUUACAACACAGUUCAGGAUUUCAAAGCAGCCUUGAAGUCGCACUUCAAGUCCAAUCCCAGUGGGUCGACGAGCCAUGUGCACAACUUCACGACACCGGCAGAUCUACCCUCCGAUGUGUAUACGAGAGCAUAUGGUGAGGAAGGGCCGUCCGGACAUGCCGGCCUGGGUGGCUCCAUCGGUCCAGUUCGAAAGUCUUCUGCGAUGUUGAAGAGCCAGAACAACCAGAAGGUUCCUACUCUAGACCUUCAGGUGCCUUCGCAGAACAACAUGGCGAAUAUGAUGAUGCAAGGGUUCCAGAGCAUGCAGCACAUGUUCAAUGUCUUCGCAGGUGCACAGCAGGCUGGCAUGUCCGGCCAGCAGAACAUCUUCAUGAACAACACCAAGACGAACCCGCCGAAGCAAACCCUCGCAAUCACGAAUGGACCCGAUGCAGCAUCGAGUCCAGCACGUGCAGAGCCGGAGCAAGCUCAGCCUAUGACUCCGGAAGAGCAGGUGAACACCAUGCUCUCCAGCUGGAAGAAUCGUCAAGAGGAGAACAAGAAGAAAGCCGAGGAUGGCAAGGCUGGUGAUCCGGAGGGUGGCAGCGAGAAGGCCGAGGAUGUGCAAAGUGCCGAUGGAAGCGAGGACCAAUUCCUGCAAAGCUUGGGCAUUGCCCGAAUCAUGACAUCCAGCUCCAGCUCCAAACCUUUGGCAAGCCUGGGGAGGAAGGUGUUUGUAUCACAACGAGGUCUGGAAUCCGUGCUCAGCGAUUUGAAGAAGACCGGUUUCCUCGCCGACGAUUUUGCUACCACCUCGCGAGCCUCGAUUAAGCGAGCGAGGGAUGGUGAAGAGAAGUCGUGGGAGAAUGCCUUUGGGCAGAUGAUCAUUAACAUGGACAUCCCACAUGAGAGCGAUGACACGAAAUUUGUAAGGGUUCCCUUCGUGCCACCUGUUGUGCUGCUGCAGCACUGCAUCGCCAACGAGCAUUACCAUGGACUGCUCAAAAAGUGUGGCCAGUCCAGCCCUGGAGACAAGAAACUACAAGUCAUCUACUGGUCCAUCGUCCAGCACGGGCAAGAUCUGGCCUCGGAGUGGCUUUGGUUCCCUUUGUGUAUACUGAGAAGCACUCUUUGCAAUCGGAUCGGCGGCCUCACUGUGCUUUGGAAACAUGCCAUCCAGCACAUGUUCAUGGAUCAUGACAUGCGGCAUGGUGUGGUGCUGCAGACAUCCACCACAGCAUUUCCCGUCUUUGCCGACCUCUCUGUUCUUAUAGCGGACGAGGCAGCCCUGAAACAAACAGCUGAAAGCAAAGGUGCCUCGGGCACAGUGUUUUGUAUGAGAUGUGCGAAUGUCGUUGCCCACCGAAGCGGGCUACAGGACCAUGGCGAUGUUCUCUCGUCGACAUGCACUGACUUCACGAAGUUUCGCUUGCACACGAACCGGUCGGUCGGUGAAAUCAUGAGGUACCUCUCUUCCCAACAUGGCACGGUUUCCCAGAAGGAAAAAGCUUUGGGCUACAACUACAUGCCGGGAGGCCUCUUGAUGUCGAAUGUAGGACACAACAUUCCGGAGAUGAUCAUGUUCGAUUGGUUCCACAUUUACUUGGUCCACGGUGUGGCCGGUAACGAGGUUGGGGUGUUGCUAGGCCGCCUCCGAGACAGUGGCUUUCCCGAGCAACAGAUACACGACUUCGUGCAAUCCUUCCAUUGGCCGGUGCAAUUCGCUGGUGCGGAUGCCAAGUCAGUUCUCGCCAAAAAGCGAGAGGACAAGACUGCCCCGGUGAAAGCAGAAGCCUCCGAGCUCCUUAAUUUCCUGCCGGUCCUGCAGUUGUUCCUUAUCCUCUUCGUCUGGAGGGAUGCUGACGACUCCCUGAAGAGUUGCUGUCACGGAUUCUUCACCUUGUGCAAAAUCCUUCGCAUGCUGAGGAAAGCCACUCAGGGUGGCUUGGACCCUGCUGCCCUCAGGGGUGCCAUUAAGGAGCAUUGCGAACUAUACCUCGCCAACUACGGGGCAGAGUACUGGGUUCCGAAGAACCAUAUGACCAUGCACCUACCCGAAUUCUUGUCUCGUCACGGGCUGCUCCUUUCGUGCUUCGUGCACGAAAGGAAACACAAACUGGUCAAGAGGUUCGCAAACAACAUGAAGGACACCUCCAGAUCAUACGAAGCUACCGUCCUUCGCGAGACCCUUGCAGCUCAGUUCCUUGCGAUGCAGGACGAACUCCCUCAAGGGGAUGUGCGACUCAUCGGCAAGAGACGGUGCACAAAGGCAAUGGCCAGCCUGAUCCGGGAUGUGUUCGGCAACUCCGACGGUGUGUUUCAAGCACAGGCAGCAUUGCAUGGCGGAGGAUUCCGGUGCUCCCAUGGAGAUGUCGUCAGAGCCAAGCAUGCACAGGAACACGUUGUCGGCAUGAUUCACUUUCAUGUUGAGGUUGACGGCCUGCCUCUCACAUGCAUGAGUCCAUGGAGCCAUGUGGCCGAUCACAUGUACCGUGUGAAGCACGAAAGUUUCUUCAUCAACACGGCAUGCAUUUUUUCGGCUUGCAUCUGGUCUCGCAAGGGCGACGAUGCCAUCGUGUUGUUGGAGUGA